CUGUGAUAAAGUAUGCAAACGCAGUGCGAGCGUCACUACAAGAAGCAGAAAAUGUCCGACUUCACGUCUUCGUUUUCAGCUCCUCCCCGCCUGCACUCGGCUACUCUCGCCGAUCGGUUACAUCCAGCCACAGCCGAUGUUGAACACACGUUUCGUUUGUCAUUGGUCACGUGAUUUCUACGUUACCGACACAAGCCUUGAAUCGAGGCUUCAUCUGGCACGCCCAUUUAUGAUCGGCACAAGCUCUGAAGCAUCGGUUCAGAUGUUUCAUCACUACUUUAUUGUAAUCUCACAUACUACUUAGAAUGGAUAUCAGGGUUGCCAGGUUUUCUCAACAAAACCCACACAAUUGCUACUCAAAACUAGCCCAGUCGUAUUUCAGGGGGGGUACCCUGGUAAAAAUUGUGUUCUGGGGGGUAAAAUCUGCAUUUCUGGUGGGGUCCCCCUGGUUAAAUUUGCAUUCCAGGGGCCCCAUGUUAUUUGGGGUCGCUUCAACCCACGGACAUGAAAAACCACCCGCAGCAACAGUGUUAAAGUAGCCCAAUUCUGCUGGAAAACCGCGGAGUUGGCAACACUGAUGGAAAUGCACAUUGGGAAGUGAGUCUACCGUUGACUUCGCCUCGCCGAGAUGGCAUGAAGCUCCUCCCACUGCAAUUCACCAAUAAAUGCUGGAAUAUUCCCAUCAGCCUACAAGUGAAGACGAGCAUCAAACCAUCAGGAAGAGCUGAAAUCUGCAAAGACAGAGUUUAUUGAAGGACAGUGAGAACAUGAGAGAUCCAGAAGACUGCAGAAUGAAACACACUAAAGAACAAAGAGUUUCAGACCUGAUGGAGGAGAAUGAGGAGAGUGAAGAGAUGGAGAAACAUAAUCAUGUCAAAACUGGAGAUAAAACUCACUCACAGGCUGAAAGUGUUUCUUUACUGGAAAAAAGAGACAAGAAAUAUUUCACCUGCCGUCAGUGUGGAAAGAUUUUGAAAUGCAAAAAGAAUCUCAAGACACACAUGAUGAUCCACACUGGAGAGAAACUGUUCAUAUGUGAUCAAUGCGGGAUGACUUUCACACAUAGAGGAAACCUUGAGAAACACAUGAACAUCCACACUAGAGAGAAACUGCAUGAAUGUGAUCAAUGUGGCAAAAUAUUUGUGAGGGUUUCAGGCCUGAAGGAACACCUGAAAGUUCAUUCCCAGGAGAAACCACAUUCAUGUUCUUUGUGUGGAAAGAGUUUUUCACAGUUGCAUAAUUUAAAACUUCAUCAGAAAGUACAUGAUGGUGUAAGAGAUCAUAAGUGCUUUGAGUGUGGGAAGUGUUUUAUUACAGCUGUAGAUUUGAAAAAACACUGGAGGUCUCACACUGGAGAGAAACCUUACAAGUGUUCACACUGCGACAAGAGAUUCAGUCAUUCAGGAUCCCUGAAAAAACACGAGAGGAUCCACACUGGAGAGAAACCGUAUCACUGCACUGCAUGUGGGAGGAGUUUCAGUCAAUCAUCUUCUCUACGCAGGCAUACAAAAAGAAAUCACAUUUAGUUCAUCUUCAGAUCCAGCACUUUCAAGUGUCAAUCCGCAUCCUCAUCGUGACACAAUAAUACCGCUGAGCAAUAAAUUCUCUACAAUAAGAGAGUAUGUUUAGAAGACAACAAAUAUUACCUUGAUCUUCAUUGUUUUUAAAACAACUAGUUAUUCUUCCACUUGUUGUGUAUUUAGAAAACACAGAUUUACGAUAUACUGUCAUGUAGAUUUGCAACUGGCCUUCUUCACUUUUGUUCUCUUGAGAUGCUAUGCUAUCUUGUUGGUCAAUAAAGAGAGAGAUACAUCUCA